CUUCCCAUUUUCUUACCUGCAAAAUACUCACUCUCUCCCUCUCUCUCUCUAGUCUCUGCCAAAGCCAAAGAAAAUAAAAUUCCUUCUUUUCCCUUCCCCUCAUUUUCCUGGGAACCAUACAAAUCCCCAAGAGGAAAAGAAAUACCUCUAAGGAAAAAAAAAAAAAAAAAAAGAGAUCACACUGAGAAUGAAUUUGGAGAAAGAAGGAAAACAGCAAGCGCGGAAAGUAAGAGCAAGAAGAGAAGCACAAUGAACGCCGACUACAACUGCUUCCUCCUCUUUCUGAUUUUGUCUCUGCUCAAUUCCGCUUCCGCCGCCGCUGUCGGCACUGAAAUCCCCCGAAGAAUUCUCCACCAGCCAUUGUUCCCGGCCACUUCAGUACCACCGCCAUCCUCCGUCGCCGACGAUCCACCUCCAUCGCAACCCCCACCGGCCGACUCCUCCACUUCCCCGGACCCGGACGAGCCCUUCUUCCCUGAAGUCCCAGCUCCGCCUUCCCAAGAUCAAGCCCAAACCCCGCCGGCGACCUCCUCCGCCAAUGCCUCAGUUCCAAUCCCCACGGCCACGCUGGCCCAGCCCGCUAAGCCGGUCAAGAAAGUGGCGAUUGCGAUCUCCGUCGGGAUCGUCACUCUCGGUAUGCUCUCCGGGCUCGCAUUCUUCCUCUACCGCCACCGGGUCAAGCACCCGCCCAGAAGAGACUCCGACAAGCUCGUCGUCGGCCUCGGGGACGAGAAUUCCCGGCGAUUCGACGAUCCUACGCAGCCGCCGCCUUCCAAUUUUUUGUACAUAGGUACGGUGGAGCCGAGCAGGAGCUCUAGCUCUGAACAGACGGCGACGACGACCGCCAACAACUCGUCUCCGUACCAUAAGCUGAGCUCAAUCAAGAGAUCCGAUCGGUACCGACCUAGCCCUGAGUUGCAGCCGCUGCCGCCAUUGCCGAAACCUCCUCCUCCUUCCGCCGCUGCUUCGAAUCUCCACCCUCGUCUUCCUCCUCGUCCAGUCCCUGCUGCUGUUCGAAGGCCAGAGUACGAAAGCUCCGGAUCUCCGUCGUCCGGCGAGGAGAGCAGCAACGGCACGCCGUUCUACACGCCGGCUGGCUCUGCCAUGAGCAACAACGACGGGUUCUACACUCCGGUUUCUGGUUCUACGCGACGGCAUUACAGUAGAAGCAACGACGGCAGCUCGCUGAGGUCAGUUAAUGUCGGUAAUAGUGGCUCCUCUGUAUCUGUUCCUCACUCGAAGAGAACUUCUCCCAAAUCGAGGCUUUCUUCCUCUGUUUCUUCCCCCGAGAUGAAGCAUGUGAUUAUUCCUUCGACGAAUAAGCCAUAUUCGGAGCCACCGCCUCGACGGCCGCCGCCGCGAGAGGGUGAAUAUCAACAUAACGAGCAGCUAUCGAGUUCCUAUCAGUCCAAGAGGCCGAAAUUCUCGGGGCCACCGCCGCCGCCGAAUCUGGCACUACUUCGGUCGUUAAACGAGUAUCCGACCAGCGAAAGCAUCGCUCCACCGCCUCCGCCGCCUCCGCCUCCUCCUCCUCCCCCGCCACCGGGUACAAUUCCAAUUCCGAGAAAGGUAAGAGAAUCUCUAUCUGCAGAGAAAUCAAGCGUUUCCUCCACAAAGACGCAGCCGUGGACACCGAGUCCCAAGGCGAGUUCGAAAAUCGACUCGGCGAAAUCGACAGACCAGAGUAGCAGAAGCGGCGGCGGUGGGGGUUCGGCCUCCGGCGGAAUUGAUGGGGACGAGAAUUAUGAUGGUUCAAAGCCCAAGCUGAAGCCUCUCCAUUGGGACAAAGUUCGGGCGACCUCAGACCGUGCCACGGUGUGGGACCAGCUCAAAUCCAGUUCGUUCCAAUUAAACGAGGACAUGAUGGAGAGCCUCUUUGGUUUCAACUCAGCCAAUUCUGCUCAUAAAGAACAUACAAGGAAACCAGUUCUGCCACCAGUUGAACAGGAAAAUAGAGUUUUGGAUCCAAAGAAGUCACAGAACAUAGCUAUACUGCUGAGAGCAUUGAAUGUGACGAAAGAUGAAGUUUCUGAAGCCCUUCUGGAUGGAAAUCCAGAAGGCUUGGGUGCUGAACUUUUGGAAACUCUGGUGAAGAUGGCUCCAACAAAGGAGGAAGAAAUCAAACUUAGAGAGUACAGUGGGGAUAUCUCCAAACUAGGCUCUGCAGAAAAAUUCCUGAAGGCCAUUCUCGAUAUCCCAUUUGCUUUCAGAAGAGUUGAAGCGAUGCUAUACCGAGCUAAUUUCGACACUGAAGUUGCAUACCUCAAAAGAUCUUUCCAAACCCUGGAGGUAGCAAGUGAAGAACUGAAGAACAGCCGGUUAUUUCUCAAGCUGCUAGAAGCUGUUCUCAGGACAGGCAACCGUAUGAACGUUGGCACAAAUCGUGGCGAUGCUAAAUCGUUUAAGCUCGACACGCUAUUGAAACUUGUAGAUAUCAAGGGAACUGAUGGGAAGACGACAUUGCUCCACUUUGUAGUUCAGGAAAUCAUUAGAUCAGAAGGCACUUCAGAUUCUCAUCAAGAAGAAGAGAGCAAACUAUCAAAGAUGAAGGAUGAGGACUUUAGGAAGCAAGGAUUGGUGGUUGUGUCUGGAUUGGGUAGGGACCUCGUCAAUGUGAAAAAGGCAGCAGGAAUGGACUCGGAUGUUCUAAGCAGCUACGUGACCAAGCUGGAGAUGGGGCUCGACAAAGUGAGGUCGGUUUUCCAGUAUGAGAGAGCCGAUAAUAAUAUGCACGGAAAGUUUUUCCACUCGAUGAAGCAGUUUAUGAGAGAUGCAGAAGAGGUAAUUGCCACAAUCAAGAGCAGUGAAAGGAAAGCUCUGUUGCUGGUGAAAGAGGUGACAGCGUAUUUCCAUGGAGAUACGGCAAAGGAGGAAGCCCACCCAUUUAGAAUUUUCAUGAUUGUGAGGGACUUCUUGAACAUACUUGAUCAUGUGUGCAAGGAAGUAGGGCAGAUGCAGGAUAGGACGGUGGUGGGUUCAGCUCGGUCAUUCAGAAUAGCUCCAACCGCUUCAUUACCGGUUUUGAACAGGUACAAUGUGAGACAAGAUACCAGUUCAGAUGAUGAAGACAGUUCUUCCCCUUGAUUGAUACAGUGUGCAGAGAAUAUCUGGUUCACAAAAAAAUUACAUCUUUCGAAUUCAAGAAACAGGAUGAAUAUUGUGCAUUAUUUUCAUUUUUAAUCACAAUCGUGCUGAAGAGUAGUAGAAGCAUGGAAAAGGAGAAGGGGUUUUGAUGGACAACAUGCGAUCCUCGCUUGAAGAUACAAUGAAGAGCAGGUUGUUGAAAAGGGAAGAAGGCAAAAAUGGAAUGUGGAGCUUCAAACAUACAAGGUUUAUGGUGGGGUGAAUUGAUAACUGGAGCUGCUUCUGCUACUACAGCUCGCGCUGGGAGAUGGCACAGUAAGAUUAGAUACAUAUAGAUAUGGCUAAUAGAUGAGGGUUAAAUACAAUUUCAGGUUCAGAGAAUGUUUUGAUAUUCCACAUGCUGGUGUUGCAUUUAUUUGAUAUUCCACAUGCUGGCAGCUUUCACUGGUUCAAACCUGUAGCUUGCCCAUUCUAAUUCUGGAUAGGUUUCUAUUUGGGAGUUGGUUGGUGUGGAAGAAAGAAGAAAACCGACAUGUUUGGUUAUCUGUGAGCAAUGUGUUAAUAAUGGUGGCUACAGUAG